UAAUGGUCUAGACUUGUGCAUGUUGUCAGUGACAGAUUAAAUCAUUUCCUUGCUCUCACGCUCUUGCUGCCCUCCGGCAAGCGGGAUAUGUGGUUUACUCGUUUAUGGAACUAUAUUACUCUGUUCGUUGAAGCAGAGGCUUUGGCUCUUCAAAAGAAGAAGACGACAGCAAUGGUACAAGACCACCAUUGCAUACUUCCAGUUUAGUAGCAUCUGGGCCUAUUGGGCCAAUGCAAGGAGAUUAAGGGGCAAUUACCAGGGCUAUUCCUAACAUAUCAUUCGGGUUUGGGAUGUUGCACCUUCAGUCCCUAAUUGGUUUUCUGCUUCUUUCUCCUCAAGUCCCCAACUUCUCAGUCUCCUCAAAUCGAAGUCAUGAAAUCGGAGUCAAGCACGGAUGCUGGUACUGCUGGUCUGGAGAACAAAUCAAGUUCAUCAUCUCAGUUUGGAGAAGCAGAGGAGAGAAGAGGUAUCUCUGUAUGAUGAUGUUUCCGAGGAACCAAAGGUUGGGGAGUUCAUUGUAAAGUAUCCCUCUUCUGAGUCACCGAUAUUCCACAAAUGUUCUUGGAGACGUGAUUCUCGAAAUGACUCUGAUGGUGUGCCAAGAUUCCCACCUCUUGUGAUCCCUAAAGAUGCUGGAGCUGAUCGAAAUCCUCUGCACUCAGUAACAGGCUUACCUCCUAUUCCACUCAAUAUUAUAGUGGGAUAUGCUGUCCCUUUAAUAGCAGAUGCUCACGAGAGAGAGACACGCAAGCGAGAACCGGGAUAUGAUGAGGUCGAGUACCGAAAUAUGAUGAGGUCGUUUCUGAUGAGUGAGGACUGAGGACAGUUCAAGUGCUUUUGGGUUACUCUUACGUACUUACAGCUGAUUACCUUUUGUGUGUUUUCAAAUCAGCAUUCAGUUUAGUUGAUCUUAAUUAAACUAGGUGCUAAUAUAUUCCCAUUUUGUGGUGGUUCUACACUGCCCAUCUUGUAAAGCUACUACAGCGUAAGUUGUCAAGGUCGGAGACUUUUUCAGGUGUUCCGAAUUUAAUGCAGUAUUUGUUACUUGUUUUGAAUCGAUGAUAACUGUAUUCCCAGAAUUUAUCUUCUGGCAUUGUGUCAGAUCCCAUCUCACAGACCAA